UCCACGACCUUUUCAACUAUGAGAGAAAAAAAACUGCUCUCACGUCACUGGUGAAGGUGGAUCAUAAUAUGUGCCAAUACCUAUAAAGCUCGAGCGCGCGAGAUGCACUGAAGACUCAUAUAGCUCACCAAACAGAGACAGAUUCUGAAAGUGGAUAUUUUUACAGUCGUGCUGAGAUAUCCGAGAAACGCGUAAAGACAGCUUCUUGCGUAUUGCACAACUUCUGGAGGCGCUCCAUCCCGCAGAUCAUCAUUGGAACAACACGCACAGGCGCACGUGGAUUCUGUUCUUUCUCUUUUGAUCAUCGUUCGAGAUGUUCGGGCACGAUUUCUGCCUCGUGUCCGCUUUGCUGGCGGUUGCAGGUGCCGUCUUACCGACAGUGCUGCUGCUCGCGGUCUCGCGGCUGCUGUGGGAGUUCAGAUGGAGCAUCACCCGGGACAGGACGUGUAAACUCCCACUCCCGCAGGGAUCCAUGGGCUGGCCGCUCGUCGGAGAAACUUUCCACUGGCUUUUCCAGGGUUCCAGCUUUCACAUCUCCAGACGAGAGAAACACGGAAAUGUUUUUAAAACUCACCUUUUGGGCAAACCCCUCAUCCGAGUGACCGGUGCAGAAAACAUCCGGAAGAUUCUGCUGGGUGAACAUACAGUGGUCUGCACACAGUGGCCACAGAGCACACGCAUCAUCCUGGGGCCCAACACUCUGGUAAACUCAGUUGGAGAUCUGCACAAGAGGAAAAGAAAAAUCCUUGCUAAAACGUUUAGUCGUGGGGCGCUAGAGGCAUAUCUGACUCGCCUUCAGGAUGUCGUCAAGUCUGAAAUUGCUAAAUGGUGCACUGAGGCCGGGUCUGUGGAGGUUUACACCGCUGCCAAGUCACUCACAUUCCGCAUCGCCGUGCGAGUCCUGCUGGGUCUGCACCUGGAGGAGCAGCAAAUCACUUAUCUCUCCAAAACCUUUGAGCAGCUCAUGAAUAAUCUCUUCUCUCUUCCUAUUGACACCCCAGUUAGCGGCCUGCGCAAGGGAAUCAGAGCUCGUGAGAUUCUGCACUCUGCCAUGGAGAAGAUCAUAGAGGAGAAGCUGAAAAAACAGCAAGCCAGCGAUUACUGCGAUGCUUUUGACUACAUGCUGAGCAGUGCGAGGGAAAAUGACUAUGAACUUACAAUGCAAGAGCUCAAGGAAACGGCAGUAGAGUUAAUCUUUGCUGCCCACUCGACGACGGCCAGCGCAUCAACAUCCCUGAUCCUGCAGCUGCUGCGUCAUCCAGACGUGAGCGAACGAGCCAGAGCAGAGCUGGAGAGCGAAGGCUUGAUCACUGAUGGCCACGGACACUGCCGCUCUCGAUGCAAUGGGAAUGCCAUCAGUGAAGAAGGCGAAGCUGCGGAGAAGAGCACUGGUGACUGGAGAUCAGCGAUUAAUAAAGCAGCUUGUUUUGAAGCAGGGGACAAGGAGGAGGGCCGUCGCUCUCGGACCCAUGUCCCUUACCUGAGCUUGGAGAAACUGAGUCAACUUUCAUACCUGGACUGCGUGGUCAAAGAGGUGCUUCGCUUCCUCCCACCGGUGUCUGGAGGAUACAGGACAGUUCUGCAAACAUUUGAACUGAACGGUUAUCAGAUCCCGAAGGGCUGGAGCGUGAUGUACAGCAUCCGCGACACACACGAGACGGCAGAAGCUUAUCAGAACCCAGAACUCUUUGACCCAGACCGUUUCUGUGUGGAUCGAGAUGAAAGUAAAAGCGAGCGCUUCAGUUACGUGCCUUUCGGAGGCGGUGUGAGGAGAUGCAUCGGCCGGGAGCUCGCUUUGAUUGUGCUCAAAACUCUGGCAGUGGAGCUGCUGGCCACGGCGGACUGCACUCUGGCAACCCAAACAUAUCCGAGGAUGCAGACGGUGCCAAUUGUGCAUCCGGUCAAUGGAUUGCAUGUGUUUUUUAAUUUCAGAACCCAAGGGAUCGAGAGAAACCGAAGGGAGUCCACGCACAUAUGAGCAAAAUAAUAAUAAUAAUCAUAAUAAAUACAUUACAAAAAUCAAGUAGACACUGUACCACUUAGGACACUUAUGCACAACCAUCAGACUGCCUUUGGAAACAUAUCAUAUGGAGUUUUCUUUCUGGUGUUUAUGUCAAGCA